GGCCACCAACUUCCCCGUUGGGGCUGAAGAGGUUGCAAGCAGACUCUCCGGAGCCCGCACUGACUUGGCCGGCAGCUCCCUCACCGCUCCAGGCACGCGUGUCCAGACGAUUCCGCCAGAGAACAAAGAUGGGCCUGGAUUCAAGGAGGAUCCUGGGCUGGGGAUCCAUCCUGCUGUUUCUGAUUCUGGUGGAUUCAUCUUCACGAGCUGCUUCCGCCCAAACAUGCUAUGGGGCACCGGGACUCCCUGGCGUGCCGGGCCCACCAGGCAAGGACGGCAGAGAUGGCCACAAAGGAUCCAAGGGAGAGCCAGGUGUUCCAGCCAUUCCUGGAAGCAAAGGGCCUAAGGGCUUGGCAGGAGAACCUGGAUCCCCUGGCUUGCCAGGGAAGAACGGGCCAAGAGGCUAUGAAGGACCUGCAGGUGAGCCGGGCAUGAAGGGCGAGAUGGGCGAGCCCGGCGAGCCAGGUGGCUACAAGCGGAACGACCAGUCGGCUUUCACAGUGAUGCGGCAAACAGGUCAGCACCCCGUCAAGAACGCUCCGGUGGUCUUCGGAAAGGUCGUUACCAACAUCAACAAUGACUAUGACACCAGCAAUGGCAAGUUCACCUGCCGAAUCCCUGGCCUUUACUACUUCACCUUUCACACGUCCCUGAACGCCAACCUUUGCGUCAACAUGUACCUGAACCGGGACAAAGUGGCCAGCUUCUGUGACCACUUGUCCAACACCAAGCAAGUCAGCUCUGGUGGCGUCCUGCUCCAGAUGCAGCAGGGCCACCAGGCGUGGUUGGCCGUCAACGACUACAACGGCAUGGUGGGCAUUGGCGGCUCUGACAGCGUCUUCUCCGGCUUCCUGCUCUUCCCAGACUAGAUUCAUCAUCGUGAGCUUUCCGCAGGAGCCGAGCAAAGGCUCUCUGGAAGCCUUGGAGUUACUGGCCUCUGGGCUUCAUGUAGCUACUUCCUGGUUAUUACUUUUUCACCGUUGAUCCAAAAAAGUCUUCAUGUGUCUUGAAAAACGCUCAAUAAAACUGUUCUUCGCUA